AUGAAAACGUCUGAAACAGAAAAAUCCUUGUCUAUCCCAAUUGAUACCAUCAUCUGGUGCUGGUCUGAUGAGUAUCAAAUUUUGACCUUAUGAAGAGGAGACAUGUCAUGGACAUGGAGGAUAAUCCAAUGUGGCAUACCACAUCGAACUUCAAAUGCAGGAAUAUGCAUAAAUGGUAUUUUGUAUUACCAUGCUAGGAUCACGAGGGUCAACUCUCAUCCUGUGAUAGUUUGCUUUAAUGUUAGGUCUGAAGAAUUCAGAUUUGUUGGUAGAGAUGGGAUUUGUGGAACCCUAAUCAACCACAACGGGAAACUAUGUUUUUUUCCGCUUGGAAACCUUGCUUAUGGCCGAAUCAUAAAUAUGGAAUUGUGGGUUCUAGAAGAUGUCGAAAGGCAAGAAUGGUCGAAGCAUGCAUACGUAUUGCCUAGGACGUGGCAUGAUAUAGUGGGAAACACUUCUUUAGAAUUUGUUGGAAUGACUCUGACGAAUGAAUUUGUGUUCCACUCGAUCGGUGGUGGUAUGCAUUUCUAUGUUUUCUACUACAAUAUCGAGAGCAACACAGUCAAAAAAGUUGAAAUGCAAGGCAUGGAAGCAUUUAAAGGUUGCACCUUUCUAGAUCAUGUAGAGGAUUUGAAGCUUAUGCAAAUCUAG